CUUGCUUAAGCUUUAGCUUAGCUUAGCUUGGUCCCAGCCAGGAGCCAGCGUCGCCGCCGCCCGUCGCUGGCGCGGCGCGUUUGGUUGCUUUUGGUGCCUCGGUUUGCCGCGCAAUUUCGUCGUGCGGUGCUUGCUGAUGGGUUUUCUUGGUUUUUUGGUAGGUUGGUUGGUCGUUGGGGGGACAGGGCGGCGGCGGCGUAGGAGGAGGCGCGGCGCGGGUUCUUUGGGUGGGCAUGGAGUGGGCGGCGGCGACGAGGGCGGUUUUCUGGGGCACGGGGGCGGCGGCGAGCGACGCCGGCCCGACCAUGCUGUCCUUCGCCGGGCCGUCGUCUUCCCGGGACGCCGAAGCGGAGGCGGCUGCGGCUGCGGCGGCGGCGGCGGCGGCGCUGCAGGAUUUCUCCGCGGGGCUCGCCCACCGCGCCUCGUCCAGGCCGCACGCGCCGUCGUCGAGGAGGGCGCGCGGCGGCGGGGGGUCGGCCGGCGGCGGCGCGGACUCCUGCUCGGUGGACGGGUGCCGGUCGGACCUCACCCGGUGCCGCGACUACCACCGCCGCCACAAGGUCUGCGAGGCGCACGCCAAGACGCCGGUCGUCGUCGUCGGCGGCCUGGAGCAGCGCUUCUGCCAGCAAUGCAGCCGAUUUCACAAUCUGGGUGAGUUUGAUGAUGAGAAAAAAAGUUGCCGGAAACGGCUGGAUGGUCAUAACAGGCGGCGAAGAAAGCCACAGCAUGAUGCACUGAACCCCAGGAGCUUCAUUCCAUAUCAACAAGUGAAUCAAUUUUCAGUCUACCCACAAACAUUUCCAAUAGCCGACCAGAAUGGCGAUGCCUCAAUGCGCCCGCUGGACCGCCAGCCUACCUUCUCCAUCUCAUUCUCGGGAUCCUUGAGAGCGCCGAAGCAGUUCCCUUUCUUGCAAGAUAGCAGCAGCAGCGGCGGCAUCAGCACAGCUGGCCAAAAUCUCCUGCGGACCUAUUCUUCCGCAGAAGAUGGCGCCAACAUCACCCCGACCCGCAGCAGCACAUGCAACGGUGUCCCCCACGGCCUGGACCCAGAGUGUGCUCUCUCUCUUCUGUCAUCGUCGCUGCAUCCCUCCUCUGCCGGCAUCUCCAGCACAACGCCUCCAGCGCAGUUUGCCCCCGUUUUCAGUAGAAUCGCCUCCUCGUCGCAGACUGUAACCACUGCAUUCGCAUCAGAUGGACCAUCAGUUGCCAGUCACCAUGUGUUGGUUCCUACUGCUGCAUAUGAAGAUCCUUCCCAGGCACUGCCAUUCUCUUGGCAGGUAUAGAUAGACAUUGGGGGCUGUGGUUUUUGUUGUGCCUGCAGAAUGGCUGGUGAAAAUGACUGAGGCUGCUAUUUUUUUUGGGUUGUGUGAGCCUGCAGAAUUCAAGCUGGUUACAGUUGUAGAUAAAUAACAUCUCAGGUCCUCUGGUUGUGCAGAUUAUUUAUCAACCAAUUGUGCUACAUAUCAGUGAUUAUUUUUCUUGAGAUGUACAUAUGUAUGCUUUGUUUAGCAACAUUCUCCAGGGAUGUGAACUUGUGAAGUUUGGGUUGAGGCCUCAAACCCAGAGGAGGCCAACUCUACUACUAUUAGUUGGCCAGACUGACCUAUUUUGCUUUGCAACAUGAACCGGUGUUUUGACAUUGAGGGUCCUGAAGGCCCAAACUGUAACAUAGGCCUUCCGACACUUACCAUGAAAAUCUGGCCUCAUCAGACUUUCUGUGCCUAGAAGCUGUUAAAUACAAAUUUUAAGUUGGAAAUUUUGAUGGACC